UGCGUCUCGAAGGCGUUCGUAGUUUAAUUUCGUUUCCCGGUUCUCUGGUUCGAGGUCGACGCGCGUAAUCGCAAAGACGCGUUCUUAUUGAAUAAGCUGUGAAUCUUCUUAUUAAGAUUGGUGGGAAAUAUCCCAGAAGAUGAAAUCAACACGCAAAGUAGUUGGGAUUUUUUUGGCCACCUGCCUGCUGCCUUUCACCGUUCUACAAAAUGUUGCGGCCCAAGGAAGUUGUAGGAAUCCCAACCAGAAACGGGGACGAUGCUUGUCCAUAUACGACUGUCAAAGUCUGCUUUCCGUGAUUCAACAGACUUAUGUCAGCCCGGAGGACAGAACCUUCCUUCGAAACUCGCAGUGCCUCGAUGGAGUAGGUCGCCAGCCAUAUGUUUGCUGUACAAGUGAUCGCAGCUUUGGAUCCCAGGAAAGCACAUCUGCAGCCCCGCCUCCAACGACUAUCAGUUCAAGUUCACAGGGUCAAGACGGUCAAGCGGGUCGGGGCAAUCUGCUGCCCUCGCCACCCAAGUGCGGGCCCCACUCCUUCAGCAAUAAGGUCUAUAAUGGCAACGACACUGCUAUUGACGAGUUCAUCUGGAUGGCGUUGCUUGAGUACGUGGAUAACAGGGGACGGCGGGAAAUCAGUUGCGGUGGCAGUUUGAUCAACAAUCGUUACGUUCUUACCGCCGCCCAUUGCGUCAUUGGUGCGGUGGAAACGGAAGUGGGUCACCUAACUACCGUUCGAUUGGGGGAAUACGAUACCAGCAAGGACGUGGACUGCGUAGAUAAAAUUUGCAACCCGCCCAUCCUUCAAUUGGGCAUCGAACAGGCCACUGUACAUCCCCAAUAUGAUCCUAACAACAAGAACCGCAUUCACGACAUUGCCUUAUUGCGAUUAGAUCGGCCCGUUUUGCUUAAUGAGUAUAUUCAGCCGGUUUGUUUGCCUUUGGUCAGCACACGUAUGGCCAUCAAUACCGGCGAGCUCUUGGUGGUCAGCGGGUGGGGCCGGACCACAACAGCCCGAAAGAGCACCAUCAAGCAGCGAUUGGAUCUGCCGGUGAAUGACCACGAUUACUGCGCGGGAAAGUUCGCUACCAGGAAUAUCCACCUGAUCAGUUCCCAGCUCUGUGUUGGCGGGGAAUUCUACCGCGACAGCUGUGAUGGUGACUCCGGCGGACCACUGAUGCGAAGGGGCUUCAACCAGGCGUGGUACCAGGAGGGCGUGGUAUCCUUUGGCAACCGCUGCGGACUAGAGGGCUGGCCAGGUGUCUACACACGGGUAGCCGACUACAUGGACUGGAUCCUGGAGACCAUUCGUCCCUGAGCAGCGGAACGAAGGCCGCUAUUGUUCUGAUAAUGUUUUAAUUAAAGUCAAGUCGAGAGUGCUCUUUGGGCAUGGCGCCCAUCCUUUAA